AGUAAAAGUUGGAUGAUAGCAGUAGAGUCGAAAGUGACUUGUCUACUGUGUCUACACACUUGUAUGGAUUGUCAAAUUAUCCCUAUAGCUUAGGCAAAACAUUCCCCACUGAGCUGUUAUAGAGAAAAAGUACAAAGUAGCUGGAAGUGGAAAUAAGCUAUUGAACAAAGUACCUCAAAAUCAUUUUGUUUAACUAUUACAAUUAAUUUUCACAGCUGGUUGAAAACACAGCAGUGCACAGAAGAACGAAAUAUUUCUAUUUUUAUCCGUAUUGCAUAAAAACAAAUAUGUUAAAAACAAGGUAAGAAGUAUCUUGAGUGUUUGAUCCCGUUCGGCCUUUAGGGGCGCUCAACCCUCUAUGUGAUCGUCUCCUUCUUCCUCCCACCCUUUUCUUCUUCUUCCUCAGUGAGAGGUUGGGCAUGUGCUGUCGCUGCGGCACACUUUCCCCCCUCUGCUCUGUCUUUUUCUCGCCUCUGCUUUCUGUGGCCAUUAAUUUCUCCAGCAGCUUUAUGUGAUGAACUUAACAGGAUAAUCAGCCCACACUUGCACCUCGGGCUACAGACGUGCAUUAGCUUCACGAUGGGCCUCGCAUUAUUAUAUCAUUUGAUCACUAUACAUGCAUAAUGAAUACGUGUGGGGGUGAAACCGGAGUAGAUGGCAGACCUUAUGACCUGAGAGAGUAAAAAAAUUAAUACCACGUCGUCUUAAUGUACAGUGUGUUGUCAUUUCAUUACAUGUGGCAACACAACAUAACUAUACAAACUGUGUGCAACUUCAGCAUUUUUGCGCGUCAUUUUUCAGGGCAAAACGGUUACAGGAAAAGUUCAUGCCAUGGUAUCAUUUCUCCACACCACAUGGCGUGAAAUGAUACGGACAAAACUCAGAGUGCUCUGACACCACGCCACAUGACUCGAUGUUUUCAACAGCGUUCUUCAUCAGGAAACAAAGUUGUAAAUAAUAAUUAAAAAAAAACCUGUUGGACUGAAUGAACAUAAUUUCAGCAGUAAAACAUCUUGCCUCUCCUUCACUGUCACAUUGUGACAAUAUUUGCUGAGAGAAUCCUUUAAUUUUCAAGCGUGAAACAUUUCGCAUUGGAAUGAGACAUUAAUAGCCUAAAGAUAGCCCGUGGCAAUGGCACACACUCUUAGUCUUCCAUCCAUCUGGAGAAUGACACUGUUAGACAUAUGACAUCACGGCUGAACAGAGGGCACGCGCACGAACUUGAGCACACGCACACACACAGACUCAUAAUUGUACUCCAUAGCAAAAACACAUACCUGAGGUCAGAGUGCGGGGCCAUCCUCGUGGUGAGGUUGCAGAAGGUGAAACGUUGAUCUCUCCCCCGGUGGGAGAGCGCGCAGCGGGGGGUUAGAAGAAGCCGUGUAUGUGUACCUCGCUCCUAGUGCGACCCCGGAGCUGUCCACCGCCUUCUGCCUCCCAGCUCAUUGUUUGCUCGGCCAAUACAUUAGUGGAGACGCGCGUCACCUUGAUCGACGAGCGCUUGGAAUUUAAAUAGCCCCUCAAACACCAAUCUGUCACCGGCUGAGGAGGAUAAGGACAAGUACCUCACUGGCUGACCCGGGGCCACGUGACACUACCCGUUUAUUGAUAUCGGACUAUGUAUCCCCCUCCCUCCACUGAUAAGGACCAAGUUUAGGUAAAGGUUGGCACGGUCAGUUAGGGUAAGAGAGAAAAGAGAUCAGAGAUUGCAGAGGACGGUCCCUCAAUCCUGGUACAACAAUGCUACAAUGAGUAGCUUCUUAGACUACUCGGUGAUGAGCGGUGAAGGUGGCUCGUGUUCGGUCAGGGCUUUCCACUCGGACCACGGGAUUACAACUUUCCAGUCCUGCGGGGCUUCUGUCAACAACUGCGGGGCGGAUGACCAUUUCAUGGCAAGCAGGACUUCCCCUGACAGCAUUCCUCACCAGCCUGGUUCUUACCAGUCUACUUCAAACUCUUUGGGUCUCUCCUACGGGGCCCAUCCGGCCUGUAGCCCCAGCUAUGGACCCCAAAGUUUCUGCGCCACCUACAACCAUUAUACACUCAACCAGGAAGUAGACUCUACCACUGCAUUCCCCCAGUGUGGCCCACUGAUGUAUUCGGGUAACAUAUCUUCCUCUAUGGUCUCUCAACAUCGCCAUGGUUACAGUGCCGCCCCCCUGGGUCAGUUGCAGUAUACCCACUCUGCCUAUGGCGGCGGGCAUGAGCAAGCAACCCCUUACCCCGGGGCCCCAAACCCGCUGUCACCUCUACAUGCAGCUCACCUGGAGGCUUGCUGUUCUCCUCUGUCUGAGGGUGCAUCGUCUGCCCAGACAUUUGACUGGAUGAAAGUUAAAAGGAAUCCACCGAAAACAGGAAGGUCUGGUGAAUAUGGAUAUGCUGGUCAACCGAACACUGUCCGAACCAACUUCACCACCAAGCAGCUGACAGAACUGGAAAAAGAAUUUCACUUCAACAAAUACCUGACCCGGGCGCGCCGCGUAGAGAUCGCCGCUGCGCUUCAGCUAAAUGAGACUCAAGUGAAAAUUUGGUUCCAAAACCGGAGGAUGAAGCAGAAAAAGAGGGAGAAAGAGGGUCUUCUGCCCGCUAAAGUAACAACCUCAAAGACGGCAGAAGGCAUUCAAGAGAAAAUUGACGAUGCAGCCUCUGAGAGAUCAAUCUCAGCCCCAUCCACACCCUCUCCCACUUCCUCCACAGUGUCUUCCUCUGGGGCUGAUCCUUACACCUCAAACUGAGGAGCAGUUUUCUCUUUAGCUUUUUUGGGUAGUAUAUAUACCAAAGUGUAUCAAAACCAAAGUCGUUGGUGGAUGGCUUUUUUUUUGGGACAUUCAGACAUUAAUGCACUAAUUGGAAUCUUUGAACAAUAAUGUGGACCACUUCCGGACUUCAUGUUUUUUAAUGGUGUAAUGUAUCCGCAAGAAACACAGGACUGCUGUCCAAACAAGUGUCAUGGAACAAAAUGUGUUAAUUUUCUUUUGAAUGUUGGCUUAAAUUUAGCUAAUUUUACAGAUUAUAUUGAGAUAAUGUCUCUCUUAUACCUACCCCUGACUAUUGCUGAUAAAUGUAAAGCUACAAAUAUUCACACAAAAACAAAUAUACCUCAAAUGAGCUAAAGAUGCAUCCCAUCCAUAGGCGGUGUGAAUGUAUUGAAUGCCGUCAAUUAGGCAUCAUACAAUCAGCAAGAUGACAUCUUUAGUAAUCGUCAGUAAGUGAAUUGUAAUGUUCCUUAAUCGCUAUCACUUCUUUGUUUCAGGUCUCUGUGCGUCGACUGUUUGGAUGUAUUGUGAGAUUUGCAUGAUGCGUAAUUCCUUCAUGUGUCAAUAAUGGGGCGCUGAGUUUUAUCAGUUGCAGAACCGGUCAUUCAAAGCUUUUUUUGUGUGUUUCAGGCUUUUACCUGCUAUCUAUUUAAUCAAGCGGAACACAAACUGUUUUGUCCAGAGAGACGUUUACGGGUCAGUCAUGUGUAUUAAAGUGCGUUUACCUCUAAAUCUUCUUUUGUGUUAUGACUUUUGGGGGAGUUCUUGGGCGUUAAAGAUUCGUUAAAGCUGAUUUAAGGCAAAUGUUGGAUUCCAAUCUUCCUAUCUGACUUAUGUACUUAGGAUCUGCAGACAGAAGGGCAAAUCUCUGUCCAGUCAGAGAAACUGUAGAAACGCCACGUGCCUGUUUUACUCAUCCAACUCAAUGUAUGCGGCCCUGC